AUGCAAACUUAAUCUAAUUUGGUAAUCCAUGAUUUAGAAGGAAAGAAAAAAUUAUUCAUGAAAUGGGCAUUAAACUCAGUUAGAAAGUUUUUCAAUAAUAACUAAUUGCCUUAUCAUCUUUUGUCUACUUGUGUGUCAAUCAAACCAGGAUCCAGUAAUAGAUGUGCAACUUUAUAAUCUUAUCCUAACUAAGGUGUGUGGAAAUAUUUAAAAGAUCUACCUGAAAAUGUGCAAAAGGAUUUGAUAACAUAUUUAAUAAAAGAGAUGAAGCUUAUUGAAUCUAAAUUCUAACACUCUAUUUUGAUAGAGUUUCAAAAUAGAGUAUUAAAAGACUUUGAUUUCUCAAGUUUUUACAAAGAAUCUAAAAAUUUUAAUGAUAUUAAUGAGUUAUCAUCAAUUGAGUCAGAUCAAAAUGAAUAGAAAGUAAAGAGAAAAAAGUGGUCCAAAGGAUAAAACUUUGUUAGUGAAUCAAAACAGAUUUUGAUACAAAUGUAAUUAUGCAAUAAUUAUCGUCCUUUAAUUCCUAUACAAUAACUUCAUUAUCAUAAGUUAAGAACUCUUUUAGAAAAAAUAAAAGAGCAUUAGUUUACAAUGUCUGAAGAGAUGAAACAAUUUUAAAUUGAACUGGAAAAAUUCUGCAAUUAGGAUUUUUGUAAAGAACCUGAAAAAAAGAAAAAAGUUAAAAAAAAUCUUGAUCAGUAAUAAUAGUUUUAGAAUGAAUAAGAAAUAGAAUAAUAAUAGUAUAUUAUUAAAGUAGAAAAUCAAGAUAAUGAAAUUGAAUUAUUGAGAAAAUUGAAAGAAAGAAUUAAGAGUAUUGAACCUGGAAUUAUACUCUUUUUACCAGAUUUAUCUAAGUUUGAUGAAAAAACUAGAGUUUAUUUAUAAUAAAUGGAAGAUAACUUUUAUAAAGAUUUGUAUUUUAAAGAAAAAGUAGAAUAAAUGGAGUUAAAUCCAAAAAAUAUACUUAAAACAUGUAGAUAAUUUUAUUAAGAAAUACAAUCUAAAUCAAGUUAAUAGAAAAUUGAAGUUUAAUCAGAUCAUAUAUGA